CACAGCUACCUGCCGCUUCUCCUCCUCCCGCUCCCGCUCUCCCUCUCACCAAUCCACCUGAUCCUGCUUCUCUUCCUAACAUACAUCGUCAAUCGACCAUGCAUUUACUGCUCUUUCCUGCUCAUCAUCCUGUUCGCAUCUUCGUGCCACUGGUCAAAUCGUUGUUUCUUCGACUUCCCCUCGUACAACACCGAUAACGAGGAUGCGGCAAGCACCAUUGCGGCCUGGUUUACGCCGAGGCUGUACACGACGAGUGUUUCCAUGAAUGGGACGAUGCAGGCGGCCAAGAGCACUGUGGCGGAGGAGAUGAGCGAAUUUCUGGCGGAUGUUGCACAGUCGACGAUAUCUGGAUUGGCGUGUGCAGUGAAGGAGUCGGCGAUCGACUUAAUCGAUGGAGCGCACCGAGUCGUCGCAUCUACUACGCACACCGCGACAGUUGCAUCGUCACCCAUCGCGUCACUUGCUGAUACUGGCAUCGGAGCGCAUUGGCUGCGACAGCUGCUUGGAAGGUCGGAGUGGACGUUACCUUGCGUCGGAGUCAAGGUGGUACUUUGA